UCAAUAAAUAUUCAACCCCUCCCAUCCCUAGGGUUGACCUCAACACUUACUCUAGAAAUAAUGUCUGGCCCCGAAUGCUGCAAAAAUCCUCCGGCAAUCUCUUCCGGUGGGGAAUCUGGUAAGGUCUUGCAAAUUGCAUCUCUCAAUUCCUACGUUUCUGGCAAGCCUGACUCAAAAAUCGCCGUGCUUCUUGUUUCUGAUGUUUAUGGUUAUGAAGCUCCGAAACUAAGGCAAGUUGCGGACAAAGUUGCAUCAGCUGGAUAUUAUGCAGUUGUUCCUGAUUUCUUCAAUGGGGACCCCAUGACUUCUGAAUAUGAGAUAGAUGACUGGCUAAGAAAGCAUACACCUGAGCAAGUAGUUGAAUUUGCUAAACCACUUAUACAGGCUCUCAAAGAGAAGAGUAUAACUAGAGUUGGCGCUGCAGGUUUUUGUUGGGGCGCCAAGGUGGUUGUUGAGCUAGCGAAGUAUGGUGAAAUACAAGUUGCUGCACUCUUACAUCCUUCACUUGUCACUUUAGAUGAUAUCAAGGGUGUUAGGGUCCCUAUAGCGAUACUAGGUGCCGAGCUCGACAAACAAUCUCCACCUGAACUCAUCAAAGAAUUCGAGGCCGCACUAGUAGCAAAUGAGGUUUACCACUUUGUGAAAAUAUAUCCAGGCGUCGGUCAUGGUUGGACCAUUAGAUAUAACGAUGACGAUGCAGCAGAAGUGAAAUCUGCAGAAGAGGCUCACCAGGAUCUUGUGAAUUGGUUUGUGAAGUGUCUUUAGAUAAAUCAUUAGUGUGUAAAACCCUAAUCAUGCAAUAAAGGAGGGAUCAUGCAAUAAAGGAGGAAUGCGCAUGUUUAAGAAGAUCCUUAAUAACUAAACGAAGUGUGGUUAAAGAUGUUAAUGUGUAAUGUUGAUAAGCUCUAUAAAUAAUUUGUGUGAUAAUAU